CCCCCAUCACUAUGCAGCACAAUGCAGUAAAUUAGAACAAAGAAAUUAGAUUCUCCUGCAGGAAAUUGUAAUAAACUGUCAAUUUUACCAGCCAAUAGGAAUAAUAGAUUGUCCCCAAUAAAAUAGAAUACAAAUAUUUAAACAUGUAUAAUAUUGUACAUAUUCCUUCUAUAAGAUAUAUUUAAUAAUACAUGUAAAACAUAGAACACAACUUUAACCCUUUAUAUAAAAUUCUGACUUUUUUUUAUUUUUUUCUAUAUACAGCAGAUGUAAUCCAUUCAAGUUUUUGGUCAGACUUGUCAUAAAAAAACAUAAGUCAGAUGAGAAACGAGCCAUAUGAGUGUCUUAAGUGACGGAAAGUCUUUUUUGCAAUUCACUGGAAGAUUCACACAGGAUUCAAGACAUAUCCAUGGUCUAAAUGUUGUAAGUGUUUUGGAUCCUCUUCAACAUUGAUCCAUCCUCAGAGGACAACAAGAGAGAAGUAAUUUCAGUGUUCUGGAAGUGACAAUGGCUUUACAAUAAAGUCCAAACCAUGUAUACAUAAGAGGAGUAAUUUCAGAAGAUAUUUAAUGUUUGGAAUGUGAUAAAGAUUUACAAUGGAGGCAAAACGUAUCACACACCAGAAGGUUCACACUGGAGAGAAGCCAUAUCAAUGUUCAGAAUGUGACAAAGCUUUUACAUCUAAGUCAAAUCUUAUCAGACACCAGAUGAUUCACACUGGGGAGAAGUCAUAUGAGUGUUCUGAAUGUGACAAAGCUUUUAUAACAAAGAGAGAGCUUAUCACACACCAGAGGGUUCACACUGGAGAGAAACCUUUUCGGUGUUCUGAAUGUGGAAAAACUUUUACACAGAAGGGUGGCCUUCACACACACAAGAUGAUUCAUACUGGAAAGAGGCCAUAUCAAUGUUCAGAAUGUGACAAAGCUUUUAUACAGGAAGCUAAUUUUAUCACACACAAGAGGAUUCAUACUGGAGAGAAGCCAUAUCAAUGUUCAGAAUGUGACAAAGCUUUUACAUCUAAGUCAUAUCUUAUCGCACACCAGAAGAUUCACACUGGAGAGAAGUCAUACGAGUGUUCUGAAUGUGGCAAAUCUUUUAUAACAAAGAGAGAGCUUAUCACACACCAGAGGGUUCACACUGGAGAGAAGCCGUAUCAGUGUUCUGAAUGUAACAAAGCUUAUAAAACAAAGUCACACCUUUUCAUUCACCAGAUGAAUCACACUGGAAAGAAGAGCUAUGAGUGUUCUGAAUGUAAAAAAGCUUUCGCAGAGAAGAGAGAACUUAUCAGACACCAGAUGACUCACACUGGAGAGAGGCCCUAUGCAUGUUCUGAAUGUGACAAAGCUUAUACAGACAAGAGAGGGCUUAACAGACAUCAGAAAAUUCACAUUGAAGAGAAGCCAUAUGAGUGUUCUGAAUGUGACAUAGCUUUUACACAGAAGUCAAGCCUUAUCAAACACCAGAAGAUUCACACUGGAGAGAAGCUGUAUCAGUGUCCUGAAUGUGAUAAAGCUUUUAUAGCGAGGCACACACUUUUAGAACACACACGGGUCCACACCAGUGAGAAGCCAUAUCAAUGUUCUGAAUGUGGCAAAGCUUUUGCAUGUAAGUCAUAUCUUAACACACACCAGAGGAUUCACACUGGAGAGAAGCUGUAUCAGUGUUCAGAAUGUGAUAAAGCUUUUAGAGUGAAGACAGACCUUACCACACACCAGAGGGUUCACACUGGAGAGAAGCCAUAUCAGUGUUCAGAAUGUGAUAAAGCUUUUAGAGUGAAGACAAGCCUUAUCACACACCAGAGGGUUCACACUGGAGAGAAGCCAUUUCAAUGUUCUAAAUGUGACAAAGCUUUUACGAAAAAUCCCGGACUAAUCAAACACCAGAGGAUUCACACACUUCAGCUGCAUCACCAGAUGAUUCACACUAAGCCCUAUGAGUGUUCUAAAUGUGACAAGACUUAUACAGACAAGCAAGGACUUAAUAGACAUCAGAAAAUUCACAUUAAAGAGAAGCCCUAUGAGUGUUCUGAAUGUGACAAAGCUUUUACACAGAAGUCACACCUUAUCGGACACCAGAGGAUUCACACUGGAGAGAAACCAUAUCAGUGUUCUGAAUGUGGCAAAGCUUUUACACAUAAGUCAAUCCUUAUCAUACACCAGAGGAUUCACACUGGAGAGAAACCAUAUCAGUGUUCUGAAUGUGACAAAGUUUUCAUACAGAAGUCAAUCCUUAUCAUACACCAGAGGAUUCACACUGGAGAGAAACCAUAUCAGUGUUCUGAAUGUGACAAAGCUUUUAUACAGAAGUCGCACCUUAUCAGUCACCAGAGGGUUCAUACUGGAGAAAAACAAUAUAAGUGUUCUGAAUGUGAUAAAGCUUUUAUACAGAAGUCAUAUCUUAUCAGACACCAGAGGGUGGUUCACACUGGAGAGAAACCAUAUCAGUGUUCUGAAUGCGAUAAAGAGUUUACAAGGAAGUCAGGUCUGGUCAUACACCAGAGGAUUCACACUGGAGAGAAGCCAUAUCAGUGUUCUGAAUGUGACAAAGAUUUUACGGUUAAUUCCAGGCUAAUCAAACAUCAGAGGAUCCACAAGGGAGAAAAAGAUAUUUCUUGUUUGGAAUGUGAUAAAAGUUUUACAAUGGAGGUAAAACGUAUCACACACCAGAAGGUUCACACUGAAGAGAAACCAUUUCAGUGUUCCGAAUGUGAAAAAGCUUUUACAUUGAAGUCAAAACUUACUGGACACCAGAAGAUUCACACUGGGGAGAAAUCAUAUCAGUGUUCUGAAUGUGGCAAAGCUUUUAAAACCAAGAGAGAGCUUAUCAUACACCAGAGGGUUCACACAGGGGAGAAGCCAUAUGAAUGUUCUGAAUGUGGCAAAGCUUUUACACAUAAGGCACAACUUAUCAGUCACCAGAUGAUUCAUACUGGAAAUAAGCCAUAUGAGUGUUCCAAAUGUGAUAAAGCUUUUACAUCAAAGUCACACCUUACCAGCCACCAGAGGAUUCACACUGGGGAGAAAUCAUACCAGUGUUCUGAAUGUGGCAAAGCUUUUAGAACCAAGAAAGAGCUUAUCAUACACCAGAGGGUUCACACUGGGGAGAAGCCAUAUCAAUGUUCUGAAUGUUGCAAAACAUUUGCAGCUAUGUCAAAUCUUAUCGCACACAAGAGGGGUCACACUGGAGAGAAGCCAUAUCAGUGUUAUGAUUGUGGCAAAAAAUUUAGAACCAAGAAAGAGCUUAUCACACACCAGAGGGUUCACACUGAGGAGAAGACAUAUCAAUGUUCUGAAUGUGGCAAAGCAUUAACACAGAAGGCAUGCCUUAUGAGACACCAGAUGAUUCAUACUGGAAAUAAGCCAUAUGAAUGUUCCGAAUGUGAUAAAGCUUUUACUUUGAAGGCACACCUUACACGCCACCAGAGGGUUCACACUGGGGAGAAAUCAUAUCAGUGUUCUGAAUGUUGCAAAGCUUUUAGAACCAAAAAAGAGCUUAUCACACACCAGAUGAUUCACACUGGGGAGAAGCCGUAUCAGUGUUCUGAAUGUGGCAAAGCUUUUACAACUAAGUCAUAUCUUGCCGUACACCAGAGGAUUCACACUGGAGAGAAGCCAUAUCAAUGUUCUGAAUGUGGCAAAGCAUUUAGACUGAAGUCAAAUCUUAUCACACACCAGAGGGUUCACACUGAAGAGAAACCAUUUCAGUGUUCCGAAUGUGAUAAAGCUUUUACAUUGAAGUCAAAACUUACCCGACACCAGAGGAUUCACACUGGAGAGAAGCCAUAUCAGUGUUCUGAAUGUGGCAAAGCUUUUAGAACCAAGAACGAGCUUAUCAUACACCAGAGGGUUCACACUGGGGAGAAGCCAUAUCAGUGUUCUGAAUGUUUCAAAGCUUUUACACAGAAGGCACACCUUAUCAGUCACCAGAGGGUUCACACUGGGGAGAAGCCAUAUCAAUGUUCUGAAUGUGGCAAAGCUUUUACACAGAAGGGACGCCUUAUCAGUCACCAGAUGAUUCAUACUGGAAAUAAGCCAUAUGAGUGUUCCAAAUGUGAUAAAGCUUUUACAUUGAAGCCACAACUUACCGGACACCAGAGGAUUCACACUGGGGAGAAAUCAUAUCAGUGUUCCGAAUGUUGCAAAGCUUUUAGAACCAAGCGAGUGCUUAUCACACACCAGAGGGUUCACACUGGAGAGAAGCCAUAUCAAUGUUCUGAAUGUUGCAAAACAUUUGCAGCUAUGCAAAAUUUUAUCGCACACCAGAGGGUUCACACUGGAGAGAAGCCAUAUCAGUGUUAUGAUUGUGGCAAAGCUUUUAGAGCCAAAAAAGAGCUUAUCAUACACCAGAGGGUUCACACUGGGGAGAAGCCAUAUCAAUGUUCUGAAUGUUGCAAAGCUUUUAGAACCAAGAAAGAGCUUAUCGCACACCAGAGGGUUCACACUGGAGAGAAGCCAUAUCAGUGUUCUAAUUGUUGCAAAGCUUUUACACAUAAGUCAAAUCUUAUCAGACACCAGAGGGUUCACACUGGAGAGAAGCCAUUUUAAUGCUCUGAAUGUGACAAAGAUUUUACAAUUAAUUCCGGGCUAAUGUAUCGCCUGAGGAUUCACAAGCUUCACCAUAGAAGCUUGUAGAGAGUAAACUCGGGGAAGAAGGGGUUAUUAAAGGAGUUGUGGUUGUCCCAUAAGUUUCACAGCCCCGAUGUCAUCCCACAAGCUAGGGAAGAAGUGAAAAGAUAAAAUGCUAUUGUGAGCAAAAUGGAAUGUAAUGAUCGAAUGCACCGACUUAAGUGCUUAUGUCCAUCAGACACACACCAAGGCCUGUGAAUUUUUUACCUUUUAAUUUUUU